GAACUUGAAGCGUUAAAAGAGGCCCUCGCGAGACCCUUCUUUUCAUUCUAUCAACCAACCGACAACCUACGAGGGCCUAUGUAGAGCUAGUCCCCUACAAGGUCUAGUCUCCAUAGUGUAGUGCCUCCGAUUGACAGCACUAUCGCCGGUGCCUAUCUUUGGAAACCGGCCAAUUGUUUUAUUUCUUUGUCUUGGCUUCCACCUAGGGUCGAAGUCUAUCUAUUGACGUUGUUUCUUUCGGCUUUUAUUUCCCCUCUUUCUGUCCUAUACUCUCUAGAUAUCCAUCCUCCUGUCGUCUUUUGUUGUAACGGAUUUCUUAUUGGGAACUAACCGAGAACUCGAAAUCCCAAGCCUAAGAAAGGGCGAAUAAUCCACCAAUCACGACACGAUUCCAACCGGAUCUCCGUGAUAGGCUCUACUCUAUCCGUGCAUUUUAGGGGUCCUCUGGCCCCCGAAGAUCGGGAUUGAACGCUUUUGGCCAUUGGUUGCGAUCUACGGCGUCACUGAUGUGACAUCGUCAUAAUGAAUGCUCAGAUAUCAUUUCUCGAUGGGACAUUUCGCCUAAUACACAUUCCCUUGCAAUUGUAUCCCAACUUUCUUCAACCUAUACUGCAAGUCCUUCUUCCUCAAGAUGAUGAUGAUUCUCUCAGUAAUAAGGCCGAAGGUCUCAGCAUCGACAAUAGGCACGGGUUCCUUAACAUAAGCGUUACGCCUGUUGAAUGUUCGGUGGUUUGUCAUAGUAGCUGGGCCAGCAACGUUUUUGAGCCGGUCAUUAAGCGUCUACCUUCAAGUCUCUCUAAGACGGUUACGAUCUCGAAGGAUACGUAUUUAAUUCUCUCGGUAAUUAGUGCCGGUAUGGAUGCAGGAAGUCGGGUGAUGGACCUGACCUCACCCCUCGCGCUGGCGGGUGUGCCUAUCUUUUUCAUCACCACGUACUAUUCGGACUUCAUAUUGGUUCCCAGCAAAGAUAGGCAGACGGUCGUGCAGGUGCUUCUAGCCCGGAAUUUCGAGUUCGAUCAGUACGAGUCCGCCUACGUAUCGCCCAGCGCGAUGUCUCACGUCCGCGGGAGAAGCCAAGGUAGCGAGCCGCCAUCGACGCCUCCGCCAUCCACCGUGGCAGAAUUACAAGUGCGCACGUUCGAACUACUUAAAAAGCGAAACGUCGUCCCGUACAUCAGUCCUUGCCUCAGCUUGGUGCAAUGCUCCGGGAGGGAUCUGUCUCGGUUAGUGGACUACAGCCGUCGCCCGUCCUUAAACAAGCACCAAAGUGGGAACGGGCACCGGCGGAGCUGGCUCGACAACGUCGAUACGAAACUAUAUACGAGUCUAAUAUCGGUCCUAGCUAAGCAACCCAGAUUCCUAUCAAUUACGUUGGCUCAAGAAGAUCCGCCGUCGCUACUGCUAGAUAGGGAGUAUCUAAGCGUCUUUGGAGAUUCUCUCGUCGGCGAUACCGAAGGCGACCUAGUGCCUAUCUUUCUCGACCUCGUGAACCUCCCGCUGGAGGCCACGGGGAUCGUUUCGGGGGUUGCCGGGAAGCUCAUCUCGGAGAUGGGGAAGGAAGAAACCGACAUCAGCGGCGAGCUCUCGUACCUCUCUACCGCGCAAGCCGGAGCUGUGAUCCUAUCGAGCAAACAAUCUAUGAGGGCCCUUGAGGUCUUGAAGCCUCUAUUAUCCAAGGAGUAGAGGAAGUAAUACUUGUGGGGAAAGGGGGAUAAAGAGCGCGGCGCUGUGUAGGAUAUUGGCGGGCAUUAAUAAGGC